GCACUGUCCCAGGCAGGUGGGUUAGAUCAUUUUGCACAACAUGGACUCAGGUUCAGACAGGUGAGAGAGAUGCAACAUGGGCAGGAAUGGACCAAAGUGUGACUCCAGGGUGCCAAAAAGUCAGCUAUCAUGUCACAAAGAAACCUGCGUCGUCUCAGCAUGCAGGGAGCACAGCAGACAAGUUACCUGAGGAUCCCAUUCCUUCUGCUGUACGCUGCUGUAGGCUCCUCCACCCGGAGCUGAGCCCCCGGUGGAGUGUGUGUGAAAGGGGACCCGGCCAGCCUCCAUGGCUCACUUGGCAGACCCGUCCCGCAGGGAGAAGACCCCCGGGACCCAAGGGUCACACACGGCUGCACGCAACCUCUUACGAAAGAAGGAGCAGCGGCGACGUGGAAUCCGAUCCUCCUCACCCAUGGGCCGGGUCAUCCUCAUCAACUCUCCUGUGGAUGGUGGAGAUGAGAGUGAGGACCUCCAUACGAUCACAGUGGAUAAGAGUGUGGACGGCAAGCUCGGCUUCAGCGUGCGUGGAGGCUCGGAGCAUGGCCUCAGCAUCUUUGUCAGUAAGGUGGAGGACCACAGUACAGCCGAGGAGGCCGGCCUGUGUGUAGGGGAUAAACUGGUGGAGGUGAAUGGUGUCAGCCUGGAGAGCAUUACGAUGAGCAGCGCUGUGAAGGUCCUGACAGGCAACAACAGGCUGAGGAUGGUGGUGAGACGCGUCGGCAAAGUCCCCGGCAUCCGCUACUCCAAGGAGAAGACGACCUGGGUGGACUUGAUACACAGGCGUAUGGUGGUGGAGGAGAGCGGACAGACGCCAUCGGAUGCCAGCUCAGGAAGCGCUCUCCAGAGGAUCGUCCACCUUUACACCACCUCAGACGACUACUGCCUGGGCUUCAACAUCAGGGGGGGAAAGGAGUUUGGUCUGGGCAUCUAUGUUUCCAAACUGGAUCCUGGUGGUCUGGCUGAGGAGAAUGGAAUAAAGAUGGGGGACCAGAUCCUGGCUGCCAAUGGAGUGAGCUUUGAGGACAUCAGCCACAGUAGUGCCGUGGAGGUGCUGAAGAGCCACACGCAUGUCAUGCUGACCAUCAAGGAAGCAGGACGAUACCCCGCUUACAAAGAGAUGGUUGCAGAAUACAGAUGGCUCAAUAAGCUGGCCAAUGGCACUCAGAAAUCUUCUUCCCAGGGUUCAGACUCCAACUCCUCAGCCUCCUCUCUGUCGUCUGGGACUCCAGUCAGCUCUCUGAGCGGCCUGUCGCAGGUCAUGUUCCCUACCAGCCUGCAUUUUGGUUUAGACAUGGUGGAUGUCUGCAUCUCUACUGAGGACCAGAGGUCUGAGUCAGAGCUAACCGAGACCGCCUCGCAGACGGACCUUCCCUCUCAGAGGACCGGUACAGAAACCACACGCAGCCUGGGACGAACCACUCUGCUCAAAGACACGGUGAUCCGUGGAGAGGAGGUCAGGGAGAGUACAGAGUCCCCCAAGACGUCGGUGCUGCUGGCUCUCAGCAGACCGAGCCGACUAAUCAGCAGGUCCCAGAGCCAAGUCACCGUGGCAGAGAUCAAGCAGGAGAAAGAGAAGAAGCAGAAAGGAAAGCACCCAGAGGAGAAGAGCACCUUGCAGCGUUCAAAAACCUUCGUCAACUUGCUAUUCAAGGGUGGACGCGCUUCCAGGGGUCGCUCCAAGUCGCCAUCCACACAAAAGGCUGGCAAAGGGGGACAACAGCUCAGUGCGAUGCCAAAUUCAGAGAUGCUUGGAGUGGUGGAGGACAUGGCCCGCAGGCUGCUGACUGAGGAGGAGGUGGCUGCUGUGAUGGAGACGUGCAGAAGGUACGUGGCUGAGCAGUCAGUGGGGAACUUGAUACGCCACCUGCUGGCCGUGCUGGACAGACCUGAGAAGCUGCUGCUGCUGAGAGAAGUCCGGAUGCUGCUUUCUCCUCCUGACCUGAGUGCAUUUAAUAACGUGGUGACCCCUAUCGAAGUCGAGGCCUACGAUAUCCUCAAGUAUCGCUCAAUCCAAACUCCUCUUCUUCGCUCUCCCACAUCUGGUCGAGCACCCAAACGGCGCCUCAUCACUCCCAUCCCGGAUUACAGGGGCAGAUUUGAGCUCCACAAUGCUGAGGAGGUGGAGAAGGAGAGCCACCUCCUGGAUAAGCUGGAGAAGCUCAGUGUGUCUGGGCCCCGGAGGUCCAGGGAGAAGUCCCAUCCCUCCAGGUCCUUCACCCCGCUGCUGGACAUACCAGUGGACGGAUAUAACACAGAGUCCAGAGACCUCAGACCCCCCUCCGCCAACCCCAUGCUUCCCAACUGGCUGCUGGCAAGCAGCCAAGACCCCCGGCCUCCUAUAAGAACAGACAUUGGCACAAUUCGCUCUGUCCACUUUGAUGAGGUGUCGCUGCACUCCACUUCGGACAAGGGGGACACGGCCUCAGAGAGAGGAAGGUCCCCGUUUAGAAACGGCCACUCCAAAAGCAAAAAGGAGAAGAGUGGAGACAGGAGUAAGGACACAGUGUUCACGCUGCAGAGUGCUGCUCGCAGGAGUCGGCCCUCGUUGUCGCAGGUGUUCAGAUCCAGUCCAGACCAGCGAACGGGGAGUGGACAGAUGAACGGACAUCAAGCUUCCUCUGAGAACGGACUCAACGGCUCCGAACCGGAACAGGAAUACGAGCUCAAAACUGUCAGCAUCUCCAAGACCAAACAGUCACUGGGCAUCAGUAUAUCUGGCGGGAUGGAAUCAAAGGUUCAGCCAGUGGUGAAGAUUGAGAAGAUCUUUCCUGGAGGAGCUGCCUCCACCUGUGAAGUGCUCAAGGCUGGGUUUGAGUUGGUGUCUGUGGACAGAGUCUCCCUGCAGGGAGUGACCCAUCAGCAUGCUGUCGACAUCAUCCGAAAAGCCUUCAGCAAUAAGGCCAAAGACCCCAUGGUGUUUGUGGUCAAAGUCCCCAAAACCAUUUUGAAAGGAGACUGAGACUCUUAUCAUGAAUUUAGAAAAAUGUCCUUGGUUUUAGCAGCUUCUGGGACUAAACACGUGAACUCCAGCCCAACCACACUGGUCUGAGGGCAAUUUUGCCAUUCAUGUUAAAGUUAGGAAUAAUUACAUGGACUCUGGUGAAUGUUGUGCAACUACGUUGGAAAACACAAAUGGCCCAAGGCAGUAGAUCAUGGGACUUCAGAAGGAUAAAGAAAUAAAUGAAUAUAUGAGAGAAAUAUUGGUAUGAAAACACAUAGGCAACAAAUGUUGACAGGAAAUACAUUUGUGUACAAAACAGC